AUGGAGGUGGAAUCUGGUGCUCUUCAUUAUUUCGCUGACGAUCAUGCCCACCAACUCGUCGACGAUGAUGGCAGACCUUCCAGAACCGGGACGCAAUGGACGGCGACAGCACAUAUAAUAACGGCGGUGGUGGGGGCGGGAGUGCUGUCUCUGGCGUGGGCCAUGGCUCAGUUGGGAUGGCUCAUAGGCCUAACCACUAUCUUCGCCUUCGCCGCCGUCACCCUCUAUGCCGCCAACCUUCUCGCCGACUGCUACCGAUCGCCGGAUCCCGUCUCCGGCAAGAGGAACUAUUCGUACAUGGCGACUGUCAAAAACAUCUUAGGCGGGAAACAAUACAUCUUUUGUGCGAUCGUCCAGUAUGGCAAUCUCGCUGCCUUUGCCAUUGGCUACACAAUCACUACUUCGCUCAGCGUCGUGGCAAUACGCAAAAUCAAUUGCUACCAUUACAAGAUGGAGGGAGAGUCGUGCCGUUACUCGAAUAAUCCAUACAUGAUUGUGUUUGGAAUUGUUGAAAUAGUUUUGUCCCAAAUCCCCAGUUUUCACAAGCUUUCUUGGCUCUCUAUUAUAGCAGCUGUAACUUCCGUUGGGUAUGCAUCUAUUGGCGCCGGCCUUUCUUUUGCAACAAUCAUCAAAGGGAAAGGAAGCAAAACAUCCUUUACUGGUAGCAAUCCUGAUCAAACUCCCGCAGAUAGAGCGUGGAACAUGCUCGUUGCUCUGGGGAACAUUGCACUUGCUAGUACUUACUCUCAACUUGUCAUCGACAUCGAGGACACUUUAAAGUCAUCGCCGCCAGAAAAUGAAACGAUGAAGAAGGCAAACAGGAAUGGAAUAGUCACAAUGACAAUCAUGUUCCUGUUGUGUUCGUGCUCUGGCUACGCUGCCUUUGGCCCACACACUCCUGGCAGCAUCCUCAUGGCCUCUGGAUUUCAUGAGCCCUUCUGGCUAGUCGACUUAGCCAAUGUACUGAUCGUGGUCCAUCUGGUUGGCGCGUAUCAGGUGAUUACCCAACCCAUAUUCCGAGUGGUGGAAACCAUAGCUGGGCAGAAAUGGCCAAACACAGCGUUUGUGACGAAGGAGUACAGAGUGAGCAUUGGGAAAAAGAAGUUGAAUAUGAAUAUGUUGAGGCUGGUCUGGAGGACCAUAUUUGUGGUGGUGGUGACAGUACUAGGCAUGGCAAUGCCAUUUUUCAACGACAUGCUUGCACUCCUUGGAGCAAUUGGGUUCUGGCCCUCCGUCAUUUAUUUCCCAGUGGAGAUGACCAUUGCCAGACAGAAACUUCAGAAACGAUCUCUCUACUGGUUUGGGCUUCAGACACUCAACUUCUUUUGCUUCCUUGUGUCAUUGGCUGCAGCAUGUGCUGCCAUUCACGGGAUAAGUCGAGCCAUGGGGAGAUUCAAACCCUUUAUGUACAAGGAGUAGUUUGCGUGCCAUUUCUGAAUGUCUGGGAACAAAAAGACAAUUGUCAUGAAUAGCUUGGUUGGAAAUGCCCCUUCAUGAUUUGAGAUUUUAUGUUAUUGAAAUGAAA